AUGUUCGGGAAACCAGACAAAAUGGACGUCCGGUGCCACUCGGACACCGAGGCCGCCCGGGUCUCGAAGAACGCGCAUAAGGAGAGCCGGGAGAUCAAGGGCGCAGAGGGGAACCUCCCGGCCGCCUUCCUCAAGGAGCCGCAGGGCGCCUUUUCGGCGUCGGGCGCUGAGGAAGAUUGUAACAAAAGUAAAUCCAAUUCGGCAGCGGACCCGGAUUACUGCCGCCGGAUCCUGGUCCGAGAUGCCAAGGGGUCCAUCCGAGAGAUCAUCCUGCCCAAGGGCUUGGACCUGGACCGGCCCAAGAGGACACGCACGUCCUUCACGGCGGAGCAGCUCUACCGGCUGGAGAUGGAGUUCCAGCGCUGCCAGUAUGUGGUGGGCCGCGAGAGGACAGAGCUCGCGCGGCAGCUCAACCUCUCCGAAACCCAGGUGAAGGUCUGGUUCCAGAACAGGCGCACCAAGCAGAAGAAGGACCAGGGCAAGGACUCGGAGCUGCGCUCGGUGGUAUCGGAGACCGCGGCCACGUGCAGCGUGCUGCGGCUGUUGGAGCAGGGCCGCCUGCUGUCGCCGCCUGGCCUGCCCGCGCUGCUGCCACCGUGUGCCACCGGCGCUCUGGGGUCCGCGCUGCGCGGGCCUAGCUUACCCGCCCUGGGCGCGGGCGCCACCGCGGGCUCGGCAGCCGCCGCAGCUGCCGCCGCCCCGGGCCCCGCGGGCGCCACAUCUCAGCACCCGCCGGCUGUGGGCGGCGCUCCGGGGCCCGGGCCCGCCGGGCCGGGGGGACUGCACGCAGGAGCGCCGGCCGCCGGCCACGGCCUCUUCAGUCUGCCGGUGCCCUCGCUGCUUGGCUCGGUCGCCAGCCGCCUGUCCUCCGCCCCAUUGACAAUGGCCGGUUCGCUAGCCGGGAAUUUGCAAGAACUCUCCGCCCGGUAUCUGAGCUCCUCGGCCUUCGAGCCUUACUCCCGGACCAACAAUAAAGAAGGGGCCGAGAAAAAAGCGCUGGACUGA